AAUAAAUACAGCGAUUGAGCCAGCGGGCGCAGCAGGAGAUUGAGCGCUUCCGGGUCCAGCACUUUCACCAAGCCGGAGGGAGCACGGCGCUGGCGCUGCAGCCAUCCACGCCGCCCGUACUGCAGUAUCCAGAGACGAACUCGACCGCGUCUGGGCUCAGGCCCUCUACCCGUUGCCGGCAUGCUCACCAGGUUGCCCACUCACGCGUCUCCAAGUAGCGCGUCGGUAUGGACCCCGGAGCAUACACAUGGACAGUAAGCUCGGGGCGAGGCCGCGAUUCGCUGGGCGGCCGAAAGCUCACCCAUGGGCGAGAGCAGCAGCCCGUGUAGGCACACUGCUUCGGCCAAUUGCUGCGUGCUUCGUGGUAGCACACAGAUUGACCUCCCCGCUUCCUCCGCUGCUCCCGCUGUUUCAGGCGACGGUCGCUCAGGAACAAACACAGUCAGCGGGCCCACAGCUCCCUAGCGUGCUCGCCCGAGACACUCGCACGCUCGGCUUCCCCAGCCUGGCGGUCGCCGUAGACGACUUACUGGUUAUCGAUACGCUUCCAGGCGACCGCCGUCCUCUUUUAGCCUUUCAUCAACCUGAGGCUCCCGGAGAGUCGUCUCCAAGGCUCCGAAUGGCCGGAAUGCGGUCAACAGGCAAACAGCCGAUUGUGCCACGAACACGACUGCCCACAGCACAGAAUUCGCUGGCCGCCGUCUGUGUACCGUCGGCAGCAUGCGCGGUGCAGAUGCGGCUUAAGGUUGAGCUGAAGGGUACGCCAGAUGCUAACCAUCAUAGGAAAGUGAAGCCUUGCAGGUUCGCAGAAUGUGCCUUGUUGCCGCCGUAGAAGCAAGGGUAUCUCAAGAGGAAGCUUCCACUCGCAACAGAGUCUGCCCGUCAUCCCGAAUUACCCAUCAUCCAAAGCACUAGCAAUUAGCACCGGGGCGAAAACCCGGUUCACUAGAAUAUCCAUACCCAAGCCAAGCCUACCCCUCUCCGCCU